AUGUUCCUGCUCAUUUAUAUUUAUAAUGCAUUUGCCCUUUUAGAUUGCUAAUAAUAAUAUUUAGAUUGUUUUAAUCAGGAUAAUUGCAUUAUAAAAGACUGUGAAGCAUAGCUAUUCGUAUAAACUGCUUGGACCUUUCAAAAUAUUACUAUGACGAAUGUUGUCUUUAACAUUGUUAAUCAUUAAUCCUCAGUUGAGAAGUACUCCUUAAAAAGCUAAAUUAUGACUAUAUAAUCUUCGACAUUUUAGUAAAAUAUAGGGGAGAACUUAGUAGAUUUAGCAUUUCAAGGAUAACAAAUAGUCUUCUAAGAUGUAGUAUUUGUUUAUUUUGAUAAAGUUUAAUUUAAAGCAGAAAACUUAUUAUUGUAGGAUGUUAGAAUGAAUACGAAUAUUUUAAUGAUCUAUUCUGAUUAUGUUGAAUUGGAACACUCUUUAUUAUAAUGCCAUGUUUAAAAAUGUCUAGGAGCUGAUUGCUUAUGUAAUUAAGGAUAUUGUAAUUCGAGUUCGAUCAGAGACAUUAAAUCUUUUUAGAGAAUUCCAAUUAAUUUAGAUGACAAUUUCACUCUUGGGAUUGCCUCAAAUGAAGUACAUCUACAGAAUACAUCACUAUAUGGAAGUAGUAUUGGUAUUUAUGCCAAUCUAUCCAAUAUAACAAUAGAUUCAAAGUCUAUAGUUUAUACGUCUGGUUUAGGAUGUAAAGAAUAAUAAGGAUACGGUUGUGGGUUCUAUGAUUGGAUGCUAUCAUAUACUCUUAAAUGUGGGUCAUCUGGCGGUAGUUACGGUGGUUUGGGUGGAAAACCAACAUCAGAAGUGAAUGACUUUAAUGAAUAAUGUCAAAAUUUAGUGCCAAGAUAAGCUUAUGGCGAUCCAUUCAAUCCCUUAUUUGAAGGUUCAGGCGGAGGAGGAAAUUACUUCGGAGGAUAUGGUGGUGGAGUCAUCUAUUUUUAGAGUGUGAACAUUAUAUUAGAUGGAGUUAUUGAAGCUAAUGGGGGAGCAUCUUAGAGAGAUGACGGAAUUAUUUAUGGUGGAGGUUCUGGAGGAUCGAUUUAAUUGAGAGGGAGAUUAUUUGGAAGAGGAGUUGUGUCAGCAGAGGGAGGUUAAGGAUCAACAAUAAGUGGAACAGGAAGUGGAGGGAGAAUAUAUAUUGAAGACCUCAUGAAUCAUAAUUUAAUAAUAAAGGCAGGGGUAAAUUCGUUAUAAGGAUCAAUUUAUUACAAAGAAUGUCCUUAAGGUUUUGGAUUAGAUAAAAUAAAAUCAAGGUGUUUUUAAUGUCCAUCGGGAUAUUACACUUACCUAUCGAGUGUUGGAGAAUGCAAAAGAUGCAUCAAUUAUGAUGAAGAUGUCCAUCUUUAUGAAUUAUCGACUAGCCCUAUAUGUAAAAUCCACUCUUGCAAACCUGGAAAAAUCCUUGAUAAAUAACAGUGUGUUGUAUAUAAUUUUGUCAGACAAUCUGGAGGUGAGAUUGUACUUUUUAGUAUUAUAUUCUGUAUUGGAUUGUUGGUCAUAAAUUUUAUUUUAUUCCUUUGCUUACGAUAGAGAACUUCUAAUAAUAGGCUACAUGAUUCUGCUAUAAUAUCAUUAACAGAAAUUCAAGAGAAUCCAAAUCUAUACGAAGCAGCAUCUGAAGAUCCCCAGUUCUUGCCUGAAGAUCUUCCCUACUAUGUUAAACGACUAUAUGUUUAAGGGAAUAACACUCCAAAUACUCCUUGGCAUUUACCUCCUCAUACUCAAUUGGAUUAAUAUUAUAUCAAUAAAGUAGUUGAGAAUAUCAACGCUAUUGGAAAAUAUUCAAACUUUUAAUAAGUUUCCUUAGUGUUCUUAAAAAUUUGGUAUUUUCCAUUUUAUUUUAUAUUGUUAAAGUACUACUAAAAGAAGAAAUCUUAAUAGAUCCUAACCUUUAUGCAAAAAAAUAAUAAAUUUAAAAUUUAUUGUCUAAAAAUAUCCUAUAGUUCAGAUUACACUUUAGCAUAUAUUGAUGUCUUAAAUUAUAAUAAUAAUAUACUGGAUUGGAAUAAAUCAACUCAAUUUCUAAUCUCUUUGGUUUUGUAAGGCGACGGAGAUUUCUUAUUUCCUUGGCAAAUCAAUUUAAAAGAUCCUUUAGUAAAAUCCAUGAAGAUGUCUUUUGAAAAACAGAAGAUCUUUAUGCCAAUAGAUGAUGAAGAGUCAGAUGAAUUAUUAUCUGAAAAUGAAGAAGAGGAGAUACAUACAUUCGAUGAUUUCAUAACAAAAUUCAACUUAUUAAUGUUGUAAAUAGAUACAAGAAAGGGAAAUGCAGAAUUCAUUAAAAAUUGUUUUUCUUUAUUUGAAUUCAUAGAUGAAAGCAAUAGUGAGAUUUUCAAUAAAAAACAAAUUUUAUUGGAUAUCUGUUUUCACAUUUUAGGAAUCCAAUAGUCCUCCUUGAUUAUAUUGACUACAUAGAAGCUUCUCGAUUUCUAAUAAACUUUGAGGGAACUUCAUUAUAUUGUGAAUUACAAAUCAGAAUACUAGAUCAAGGUGUCAGUCAACUUUGAAAAGUAAGAUUUUAAUGUCAAGAGAUAUUACGAUAAUUAAAUUAUAAUCAAUACAAUCAACGAUAUCAAUAAAUAAAUAACAACAUAUCAAAGAUAUGAGGAAGACAAAGAAGAAUUGAACAAUCUCAAAAUGUAAAUGUAAAGAAAAAUAGAAGCUGAUGGAAUACUCACCCCCUUAAUAACUUAAAAGUUUGAUAUGGAGGAAGAGGAAGAUAAUACUUUAUAAAAAACAAAUAUGUGUAAUAUGUGGUGGCUUAGAGUUAAAAGAGCUAUUACGAUUACAUUCGCUUACUUCUUAAGAUAUCGAGACUUCAAAAAUGAGAGAAUGCUGACUUCAGCUUUGGUUAUUCUGUGCAUAAUUUAAAUUCCACUUUUUGUGAUCUAUUUAUUAGAAUUGAUAGUUGAUGUUUUAGAUAGUACGAUUUUAGAGGAAAAAUACAUUUAUAAUUUGUAAAUUAUUGAAACCAUAAUGUAAAUAUCUUUGUUUCCCUUCUCUUAGCUGAUAACUGAAUUAGCAUUGGUGAUUUGGUUGUUGAAUCCUCAAAAGAAGUACUUCGGUAAGAACUUUUUAAUCUUUAAUUUCUGUUCCACCAUUAAUGAUAUGAUUUUGUCUUUGUUUGCCAUAAUAGAAUUUGCAAUAAUAGCCAUCUAAAAUUUAGGUUCAGAAUAUUACUUCUUUGCUUCAAUUAAGCUAAUUCUAUUUCUGAUCCAAAUCGUACAAGGCUAUUUAGGGACUAAAUAUUUAACACUCUGA